CCAAUUAAGGACAACUUCCGGGCCAGUAAUAUCUGGUUAAGAAUGCCGUUCUACCAACUUGUUGUAUUUAAGCAACUCAUCGGUGAAGUCCUGCAGCAUUGCUCAUGUCAGUCGAACUAGAGUAGGAAGUUAGUGAAAGCACCGCUGUGAACACAUGCUGUGAUGUUUUCUCUGUGGUCGGAGGAGAUGGAUUAAACGCUGGUCGUCAGGUCUAGGUUCACCUUCUAGCCAAUAGCAGAGCAGCACCUACUGGGAAAAGAUUGUCAACUUCAGCCGAGAAUUUUAAUUUGGGUGCAUCCCUAAAAAAGUGACACGCCAGCUCUAGAGAGUGACAGAAAGGCCUGACAACUGACUUGUAAAAAAAAAAAACCUGCACCCUUCCAACAUGGGGGACAAAAAAUCUGUGAUUACUGUACUCCGCAGAAAAGUCAAACUUAUUCGAGCCAAGCGUGUUGGCAGUGACAAACACCCCAGCAUAUUGGAAGUGCAAGAGGACCAGCAGAUUAAUUAUUCAGCGUCAGAUACGCUGCAGCGUAGUCUAAACAGCCCCGUCCACCAGAAUGACAGUGUGGGCUUGCGCAAGAGAGGAGGACUGACUGGUUCAAUGCCCGUUCUGGUGGGCUCAUUGCAGGAGUCUGAUGUCCCGUAUAAAGAGCGCAAUGGGUCCAGGUGCUCCGAUGACAUGGCGCAGGUGCGGCGCACGAGGGACUCAAUUUAUUCAACAGAAAGCGUCACCUCAGAGAAGUCAAAUUGUGACAGAAAUGAUUCAGAUUCGGGCUCCAUACAAGACAACGAGAAUAGUAUUUUAGACAUCAGUGGAGAGAUGCCAGGAGUGUGUGAGAAUCAGCGGGAGUCUCAGAGGACAUAUCUGCUCACUAUCUGCCUGAAGGAGGGCCGUGGACUGGUCGUCAGAGACCGCUGUGGCACGAGUGAUCCAUAUGUGAAGUUCAAGCUGGAUGGGAAGAUGCUGUACAAAAGUAAAGUGGUGUUCAAGAACCUGAACCCAGUCUGGAACGAGUCCUUCACCUUCCCGAUCCGCAGCCUGGAGCAGAUAGUCUUCAUCAAGGUUUUUGACCGAGAUCUGACUUCAGAUGACUUCAUGGGCUCCUGCAGUGUUGGACUGGAUAAACUGGAACUUGACAAGACCACUGAGAUGGUGCUUCAAUUAGACGAUCCCAACAGUCUGGAGGAAGAUAUGGGUGUCAUAGUCAUCGAUAUCUGUGUAUCUAUGAGGGACGGCAAAAACAAGAAACACAAAUGGGCCCAGAGGAACAAAAUGAACUUCAUGGGAAAUUCAAACGAGUAUAAACGUAUGAGCGAGUCUGUAAAUAAGAGUCAGCUGUGGACCGGCCUCUACACCAUCACUCUCGUGGAGGGACGGGAUUUACCAAAGGACGGACAGGGGGACUUGUUUGUGCGCUUCAAACUGGGAGAUCAGAAAUUCAAAAGCAAGUCUCAAACGAAGAAAGUCAACACAGAGUGGAGAGAAAGAUUUGACUUUUACCAGUUCCCCGAUGCAUCAAGCCUUCUGGAGGUUGAAGUUGUCGCAAAAGAUGGACGGAAGAGUGAAGAAAGUUACGGAUUGUCUGAGAUCAACUUGUCUGAGUUGCCGCUGAAUGAAUCCAGAUUGUUUUCCUGUGACCUGGAGCCGGGCCGGGGCAAGGUGGUGUUUCUCAUCACUCCCAAAGCCUGCACCGGGGCCUCCAUUUCGGAUCUCUUCAACCCGCCACUGGAGGACCCUCAGGAGAGAGAAAACAUGCUGGCUAAAUAUAGUUUGAAGAACACCCUGAGGGACCUGAGAGAUGUUGGUUUUCUCCAGGUUAAAGUAAUCAAGGCCACUGACCUCACGGCUGCUGAUCUAAAUGGAAAGAGCGACCCGUUUUGUGUCCUGGAAUUGGGAAACAACCGGCUACAGACCCACACCGUAUACAAAAGCCUCAACCCUGAGUGGAAUAAAGUCUUCACUUUCCCUGUUAAAGACAUUCAUGAAGUUCUGGAAGUGACUGUGUUUGAUGAGGAUGGAGACAAAGCUCCAGACUUCUUGGGGAAGGUUGCGAUUCCUUUAGUCUCAGCGUGUGAAGGUCAGCAGUUCAUUUGUCCUCUGAGGAAAGAGAAUUUGACAACAAUGUGUAAAGGAGCUGUAAUACUGGAGCUGGAAGUCCUCUUCAAUCCUGUCAAAGCAAGCAUUAUAACCUUCACACCCCGAGAACAGAAGUUUCUUGAGGACAAUGUCAAGUUUUCUAAGAAGAUUCUUUCAAGGAAUAUUAGUCGUGUGAGGAACCUUUUUCGUGCAGUGUCUUACUCUCACCUGUUCAUCAAAAGCUGCUUCGCGUGGGAAAGUGUGAGGAGGAGCACUAUGGCGUUUCUGUUUUUUCUUCUGACAGCGUGGUACAUUGAGUUCUACAUGCUGCCCUUGUUCUUGGUUCUUUUCAUCUCGUGGAACUAUCUCCAGAUCGCCACUGAGAGAGUCACCAGAGACCCGGAAAGUAUGGACAUAUGUGAUGAUGACGAUGAUGAUGAAAAGGAUUCUGAAAAAAAAGGUCUGAUGGAGAAAAUCCACAUGGUUCAAGAUAUUGUCAUUACAGUGCAGAACCUGCUGGAGGAGAUUGCAUCCCUUGGUGAAAGAAUAAAGAACACAUUCAACUGGUCAGUGCCAUUCUUGUCUAAACUGGCCUUAAUGAUUUUCAUCAUGGCCACAGUGAUCACUUACUUUGUUCCAGUGCGCUACAUAGUGUUAUUAUAUGGUAUACAUAAAUUCACGAAGAAACUGCGCAAUCCCUAUGCCAUCGAAAACAACGAGCUGAUGGAUUUCCUCUCCAGAGUGCCUUCAGAUAUCCAAAUGACCCAGUACACUGAAAUGAGCAGCUGCAGUGUUAACGGUCCCUACAGGAAAAGAAGAUCCUCACCAUAGACAUUACGGUAAACUGCUGCUGACCUGAGAUCAGUGUGUGUGAAGGUGCAAGACUCUACAGCCAGGGAAUGAUCUCAAACUACAGUAUAAAGGUGAAAGCAGUCGAUCUGCUCAUUUUGAACGGAAAUCAUCUCCCGUUGAAUGGUCCAGUGUUUACCACAGGGUCGUGUUAAAGCACCUUCCUUAAUACUGUAUUAACAAUUACUGAUGGAUGAAGAACUAAGAUAAUGGAUUAAACUGAAGGGUUAAUGAAUUGAUUACAUCACACUAUGCCUUAAACAUCUAUCCGGAGAUACAAUGAACGUCAUAUUAUGUACAGUACGAGUGCAAUACUUUACUAUUUUAUAUUAUUUGAUACAAUAUUUGGUUUCUUGUAAAACAAAAAGUUUUUAAAGGAGUUUUAGUUAAGAUGCAUUCAUCUAAAUUGCUGAUUGAAGCGUUAUGUGGUUUAAUUCUUUCAAACCUUUUAUUCUGUACUCCUUUUUAUCUGUUAUUUAAAUUUUAAUUAUUGCAAAGAAAACAAAUCACAGAACAUGAAUAUUAAUUCAUUUUUAAAGUGCCUUUGAGAAUAUAUAUAUAUAUAUAUAUAUAUAUAUAUACAUAUAUAUGUGUAUUACAUGCAAUGUAAGGAUCUAAUGUAGAUAUGAAAUGCAAGCACACCUAUGAUUUUUGUAUUGUUUCGAAUCAUGUAGCAGAUUAUCUUGGACUGCGCAAAUAGAAACUUCGGAUGUUGUUGAAUGAGUAUUUUUGUACUUUUUGCUAGCAUGUUGACAAUAUGUACUGCCAUAUUGUAUCAUAAGGAUUUCACAGUAAACAUUUACUACAUUUGAUGAAAAAA